AUUGCUAGUUUUAAUUGUACAUGAUAUGAUUUUUGUAUGUAUAGUUGUUGUCUUGAGUUUGUUGAACGUUGUUUUGCCCAUUUGCAGGUAUUAAUUGCCUUGAAGAAGGGUGCUCAACUUCUGAAAUAUGGUCGCAAGGGAAAGCCUAAGUUUUAUCGAUUUAGACUUUCUAAUGAUGAGACAUCAUUAAUCUGGACAUCAAGCAGUGGUGAAAGGAGUUUGAAAUUAGCCUCAGUCUCGAAAAUUAUUCCUGGACAAAAAACUGCUGUUUUCCAGCGGCAUCUCCAUCCUGAGAAAGAUUAUUUAUCCUUCUCUCUUGCAUACAACAACGGAAAACGGUCACUUGAUCUGAUUUGCAAGGACAAAGUUGAGGCUGAGGUGUGGAUUGCAGGCCUCAAAGCAUUAAUAUCUUCUGGUCAAGGUGGGCGAUCAAAAAUUGAUGGCCGGAGUGAUGGAGGCCUGUACCUUGAUGAUAGCAGAGACCUGACAUCCAAUAGUGCAAGUGAUAGUUCUGUCAGUGCCUCUCGAGAUCUUAGCUCCCCUGAGGUUCUUGUCACUUUAAAACCAAAUUCUCCUCCAACAAGUUUAAGGACUGAGAAUUCUGUACAUUUUGAAAGGUCACAUGUAGCAUCAGACAGAACAAAUAUGCUAGCAAAAGGAUCAAAUUCAGAUGUUUUUCGAGUUAGUGUCUCUAGUGCCCCUAGCACUUCCAGCCAUGGGUCUGCACCAGAUGAUUGCGAUGCUCUAGGGGAUGUGUACAUAUGGGGUGAGGUUAUAUGUGACAAUGUUCUGAAGAUUGGGGCAGAUAAGAAUGCUAGCUAUUUGAGCACAAGAGCAGAUGUGCUUCUUCCCAAGCCUCUAGAGUCCAAUGUAGUUCUUGAUGUACAUCAUAUAGCCUGUGGAGUCAAGCAUGCUGCCUUGGUGACAAGGCAAGGUGAAGUUUUCACAUGGGGUGAAGAAUCUGGAGGAAGGCUUGGCCAUGGUGUUGGAAAGGAUGUUAUUCAACCUCGUUUUCUUGAAUCAUUGGCAGUUACUAGUGUUGACUUUGUUGCCUGUGGAGAGUUUCAUACUUGUGCUGUGACAAUGGCUGGAGAACUUUACACUUGGGGUGAUGGAACACACAAUGCUGGGCUUCUUGGUCAUGGUACUGAUGUCAGCCACUGGAUACCCAAGAGAAUCUCAGGUCCUCUUGAGGGACUUCAAGUUGCUUCGGUAGCUUGUGGUCCAUGGCAUACAGCCCUGAUAACAUCAACUGGGCAGCUCUUUACAUUUGGUGAUGGCACUUUUGGUGUCUUGGGCCAUGGUGACAGAGAAAAUGUUCCAUAUCCUAGAGAAGUAGAAUCGCUAUCUGGAUUGAGGACAAUUGCUGUAGCUUGUGGUGUGUGGCAUACUGCUGCUGUUGUGGACGUUAUUGUCACACAAUCUAGUGCUAGCAUUUUAUCAGGGAAGUUGUUUACUUGGGGGGAUGGAGACAAGAAUCGACUUGGACAUGGAGACAAGGAACCUCAGCUUAAACCCACAUGUGUGCCAGCACUAAUUGAUUACAAUUUUCACAACAUUGCUUGUGGGCAUAGUUUGACGGUUGGUUUAACAACUUCAGGACAUGUAUUUACAAUGGGAAGUCCCGUGUAUGGCCAACUUGGGAACCCCGAUGCUGAUGGAAAGCUACCAUUUUUUGUAGAAGACAAGCUUUCUGGGGAAUGUGUUGAAGAAAUUGCCUGUGGUGCAUAUCAUGUAUCCGUUUUAACAUCUAGGAAUGAAGUAUAUACAUGGGGAAAGGGUGCCAAUGGGAGAUUGGGUCAUGGAGACAUAGAAGAUCGAAAAACCCCAACUUUGGUUGAAGCUUUGAAGGAUAGACAUGUGAAAUAUAUUGCUUGUGGUUCAAACUACAGUGCAGCUAUAUGUCUCCAUAAAUGGGUAUCUGGUGUUGAGCAGUCUCAAUGCUCAUCAUGUAGACAGGCUUUUGGGUUUACCAGAAAAAGGCAUAACUGCUAUAACUGUGGACUGGUGCACUGUCAUUCAUGUAGUUCAAGAAAAGCAUUAAGGGCAGCUUUGGCUCCUAAUCCAGGGAAACUGUAUCGUGUUUGUGAUUCCUGUUUUACCAAACUGAACAAGUUCUCAGAAGCAGGUAAUAGGAGGAAUUCUGUACCUCGCCUCUCAGGUGAAAACAAGGACAGGUUGGAUAAGUCUGAGAUAAGGUUGGCCAAGUCAGCAUUACCAUCUAAUAUGGAUUUAAUCAAGCAGUUGGAUAACAAAGCAGCCAAACAAGGAAGAAAAACUGAAACAUAUUUUCCCCUGGUUCGCUCUGCACAAGCACCAUCUAUGUUACAGUUGAAGGAUGUUGUUUUGUCUGCAGCUAUUGACCUGCGAAGGACAGCUCCUAGACCUGUUAUUGCACCAUCUGGAGUAGGUUCCAGGUCUGUUUCGCCUUUUUCAAGGAGACCUAGCCCCCCGCGCUCCGCUACACCUGUUCCAACAACAUCAGGACUUUCUUUCUCCAAGAGUAUAACGGAUAGUUUGAAGAAGACAAAUGAACUCUUGAAUCAAGAAGUGUUUAAGUUGCGUGCACAGGUUGAGAGUCUGAGACAGAGAUGUGAACUCCAAGAAUUGGAGCUUCAACAAGCAAAAAAGAAAACUCAGGAAGCUAUGGUGUUGGCUAUGGAGGAGUCUUCUAAAUCUAAAGCAGCAAAGGAAGUUAUAAAGUCACUUACUGCACAGCUUAAGGAUAUGGCUGAGAGGCAACCACCUGGAGUUUACGACACUGAGAAAAUUAGACAUGCAUUCCUACCCAACAGCUUUGAACCAAAUGGAGUUCACCAUUCAGAUGCAAAUGGGGAGCGGUAUUCCAGAGCAGAUUUAAUUGCUAGCUCCUUCCUCACCUCCCCCAUUAGUGUUGACUCUGCUUCUACCACUGGAGGUGAGGCACCUCCUCAAUUGCUUGGGGAACAACCUGGAACCAAUGGGAGGGAUGGCCAUCCAGAUGCCAAGCUGACAAAUGGUAGUCUAGGGGUUCGGACGAGUAACAGUAGUGUUUCAGAGGUUGCCAAUGGGAAGGAAUCAGGGCCUUCCCAAGAUGGUGAAAAUGGUAUGAAGUCUAGAAAUUUGACAUUGGUUGCAGGAGUUAAUCAAGUUGAGGCCGAGUGGAUUGAACAGUAUGAGCCUGGUGUAUAUAUAACCCUCGUGGCUCUGCAGGAUGGAACCAGGGAUCUCAAACGAGUGCGGUUCAGCCGGAAAAAAUUUGGAGAGCACCAAGCUGAAACCUGGUGGUCAGAAAACCGGGAAAAAGUUUACGAGAGGUACAAUGUUCGUGGAACUGACAAAUCAUCGGUCUCUGGACAAACUGCCAGAAGACCGGAGGGAGCUCUCUCACCAACUUCUCAAACAUAGCAACAAAGGGUGGGAGGGCAAUACACUGGUAAACCAUUUUGCACUAAGCUAUCAGGCUAAAGGAGCACAAACCUUGGUAGAAACCUCAUUUUUAUUCUCUUUUUUUGCUCCUCUAUUUUUUGACUCCCCCACCCGUUUCUUUUCCAUUUUUCUUUUUCUUUUUUAAUUUAUUUUCUUUGAUUAAAUUUCUGGGUACCUGCCCUUUACAUAUCUAUUGUAUUGUGGUGUAUAUAAAAUCAUCAAUUGUGACGUGGUCUGGCAAGAAAGUUUUUGUUCGCUACACUGCUCCCUUCCUCUCUUGCCUGCCUGCCUGCCUGCCUGCCUGCCCUCCCUUUCUUUCUAAUCUGAUUUAAGUAACUGUCAAAUUUUUACAUAAUUUAGAUAAUACUUUUGUAUAAAAAAGUUGAUCUUUGUAUCAAGUAAAAUUCAGUUUGCUUC